CAAAUGGCAACGCCUAAUAUAUUUAUUCCUUCGUACCCACCCAACAUUUCCGUAAAAGAAUUAAUAAAACCUGCGAAUCGUAAACAAAAAAAGCCGGCCAACGCACCUAACGCAUUUAUGAUUUAUCGAGCUAAUUAUUGUCGUGAAAUUCGGAACGAUCGAAAAAUAUCUCAGCCGGAUAUUUCUUCCAUGGCGAGUCAAGCAUGGAAACAAGCACCUCCAAAUGUCAAAGAAACCUACUUGAAGCUUGCUAGACAAGCUAGAGAGAUUUAUUUGGCCCAAAAAGACGAAAAUCAUUUAAUAACUGAUGGCGAUAUUGAUAGCAGUCAGUCAAGUAAAUCACGAAAUAGACAUGACUUUCGAGCAACAAUCAAAAGUGACGCCUUAAUCAAUAAUCAACAAAACGGAAUUACUGAGGAGAUUAAUCCUCUCGUAUUUGGGACCAUUGAAACGAAAGAGAUAUCGCUCAGUGAUUUUAAAUUCACAAAUAUACCAUAUUAUUCUGAUACCCUUGAGAAUGAACUCGUCGUUAAGCAAAACGGAAUUACUGAGGAGAUUAAUCCUCUCGUAUUUGAGACCAAUGAAACGAAAGAGAUAUCACUUAGUGAUUUCAAAUUUAUAAAUAUGCAAUGUCGUAUUGAUACCCUUGAGAAUGAACUCGCCGCUCAGCAAAACGAAAUAAAUUCAAUGAGAGAAAUUAUAUUCAAAUUAUUUGUUUAA